AUGAAGGGGUUAGGAGAUAACAGAAGUCGCCAUCUCUCUGAUAAUCUGGACUCCCCACAAGAAUCCCUUUAUGCCACCCAGGACAGAAAUCCUUAUCUCCUCAGCCCCACAGAUUCCUACACCAUGGACCCUCGGUUCCCUACUCCAAACUCCCUCCAUAGUGACUGUCUCCUUCCACUCAACAACCAGAUUUCCAACAGUAGCACAUUUCCACGGAUCCAUUACAACUCCCAUUUUGAGGUGCCCGAUGAGAACCCAUUUCCAAGCCAUGCACAAGCCACCAAGAUCAACAGGCUCCCUGCCAACCUUCUAGACCAGUUUGAGAAACAACUUCCCAUCCACAGAGAUGGCUUCAGCACUCUCCAGUUCCAGCGAAGCUCUGAUGCCAAACAACGGAGUGAGAGCCCUGGAAGGAUCCGGCAUUUGGUUCACUCAGUCCAAAAGCUUUUUGCUAAGUCGCAGUCCCUGGAGGGCGCCUCCAAAGGUAGCAUCAAUGGCAAGAAAGGCACAGAGGACUCAAAGCAGAACCGCAGGAGCAAAAGUAAGGACAGGGCAAAAACUACAGAAACCAAGCGCAGGACCAGAUCCAACAUAUCAGGAUGGUGGAGCUCUGAUGACAAUCUAGACAGUGACACGUGCAACUAUCGGAACCCUAUGGGCCUCAUGACCCUUGGCCGGCAACCUGAUCACAGUCAGCCUAGGUACUUCAUGCAUGCUUACAACACAAUUAGUGAACACAUGCUGAAAUCCUCCAAGAGCAAUAAUGACCUCAAGGUCACCCCUUGCACCAACAUCCCCAUCAACAGUGAGUCCAACUACAUCAAAAGAGGCUCCUGGUCUACACUCACCCUCAGCCAUGCCCGGGAGAUGUGUCAAAAAGCUUCCGCAACCAUUGACCGAGCUCUACUGAAAUCCAAGUCCUGCCAUCAAGAUUUAGCCUAUCAGUACUUGCAGGUGCCUCAGGGAGACUGGAAUAAUACAUUGACGAAGGACAAAGACAAUGAAAUCCCAUGUCGGCGCAUGCGGAGUGGGAGCUAUAUCAAAGCCAUGGGGGAUGAUGAUAGUGAAGACUCAGAAACCAGCCCCAAGCCAUCCCCGAAAACUGCAGCACGGAGGCAGAGUUACCUCAAGGCCACUCAACAGUCGCUCAGUGAGCAGAGCACCGCCCAGAGAAGUCUGGACCGCCUUGACUCUGUUGAGAUCCUCUUGCCUCCAAAGUUCCCAAGCUGGGAGGAAGAAUACAACCAGAUCACAGAAAACCUCAACGAGUCCAGUUGCAUCAACCAGAUAUUUGGACAGUCCACAUUUAUUCCACAGAUAUUUACACAAGGAGAACAGGCAAGAGAGAUGGAGUUGAAUGAUCAGUACGAGGGCCUGUGUGAAUCAGCCUACAGCGAAGCAGAGUCAGUGGCCGUGGAGGUGCUCGACCUACCCCUUCCCAGCUACUUUCGCUCACGGAGCCACAGCUACCUCCGAGCCAUUCAGGCAGGCUGCUCCCAGGAAGAGGACACUGUCUCUGUUCGGUCCAUCUCUCCACCCCCAGCCAACAGCAUCAGCGGGAGCCGGACGCUUCCCAGCAACAGCAGUUCGGCAUGUCUAGUGGGAUAUAAAAAGACACCACCACCAGUCCCACCUCGGACCACCUCAAAGCCGUUCAUCUCUGUCACGGUGCAGAGCAGCACUGAAUCUGCUCAGGACAACUACCUAGACAACCAGGAUCACAAGAGCGAGGUCAACAGCCAGUCGGGACUGAGCAAUUCUUCAGACAGUUUAGAUAGUACCAGACCGCCCAGUGUGACAAGAGGCAGCAUCGUGACUCCAGCCAGAGAACCUCCUGAAUUACCCCAGAAAAAUGCAGCCUUGAAAAGUGACAAAGGAACACUGACUAACGAAGAGCCCAAGUUGGAGAAUAUCCCCAAAAGGAAGUUGUCAUCUAUAGGAAUACAAGUUGACUGCCUUCAGCCAGUGGCAAAAGAGGAGCUCCCUCCAUCAGCCACCAAAUUCCAGUCCAUCGGGGUACAGGUAGAGGACGAGUGGCGCAACAGCCACUCCCGCAGCAUGUCCACCAAGCAGGACACAGAUUCUGACACACAAGAACCGAAUAACUCUAGCUGUAAAUCAUCUGAGAGAAGCCUUGCUGAUUGCCCCCCAUGCAACAAUUCUAACAGCCUUGAUGCCAGUACGAGGCAAACAGCCAUGCCCUCCCAGAUCAAGAGAAACCUCUCCUAUGGAGACAGCAAUGACCCAGCCCUAGAACCUUCCUCUCUUCCUCCUCCUGACCCUUGGCUUGAGACUUCCACCAACACUCCAUCAGAACCAACGCAGCCAGGAGCUUGCCGAAGGGACGGGUAUUGGUUUCAGAAACUACUGCAGGCAGAGACCGAAAGAUUAGAAGGAUGGUGUCGUCAGAUGGACCAAGAGACCAAAGAGAACAAUCUCUCUGAAGAAGUCUUGGGCAAAGUCCUCAGUGCAGUGGGCAGUGCACAGUUACUAAUGUCUCAGAAAUUCCAGCAAUUCCGUGGCCUCUGUGACCAAAACUUGAACCCUAAUUCCAAUCCCAGGCCCACAGCACAGGACCUUGCUGGUUUUUGGGAUCUCUUGCAAUUGUCCAUCGAAGACAUCAGCAUGAAAUUUGAUGAGUUGUACCACCUAAAGGCUAAUGGCUGGCAGCUGGCCGAGACACCGGAGAAGAAGGAAGAGAAGAAACCACCCCCUCCUGUGCCAAAGAAGCCAGCCAAAUCUAAAUCCCAGCUAAACCGGGACAAGGCCUCCGAUUCGGUGGAUAAACAGCGUCAGGAAGCUCGCAAGCGCCUCAUGGCGGCUAAGCGUGCUGCCUCGGUCCGGCAGAACUCUGCCACUGAGAGCGCGGACAGCAUUGAAAUCUAUGUUCCUGAGGCACAAACCCGUCUUUGAGCAAGGGGAAGAGGAAGAAAACGCACUCUUUUUCACAUCAUUAAAAGGAAAAAAAAAGGUUCACUAAACUUAGUGUGAUUUAUUUGGUCUAGAGACACAGAGCCAAUCUUGCAAAGGGCUCCUGAUUUGGCUUUUUUUCUCUCUUUCUCUCUCCAGCUUUAAGUAAUGAAGAUUUUGAAAGAAAAUUCCUUUCCCCACUUCUCUAAUUUCUCUCUCUUAACCCUCAUCCCCUUUCACACUGGCUGUGGUGUGUUGGAACAGACUCUUGGAAUCACAGCCCUUUAGACUUGGAACUGCAACCUUUUUACUUGUUCUAUCUAAGGAAAAUUAUUAGCUUGUUUACAUGAAACGGACUAAAUGAAACCAAGCCUUGUGCACUUGCCAGGCUGUGCUUUUCCUCCUCCCUGCUGUAUUCGUUGUCCUCCCUUCCGCACAUGUUUGGCCUCUCUCUGUCCACACCCUGCCCUUUGUCGUCCUCUUGCUCCUUGGUCCUCUUCUAGCCCUAGUCAUUCCUCCUCCGUCAUCCUUUCUCUGCAUGGCAUUGUUUACUGUGUUAGAAGUAAACUCUUCCACAGAGCUCCUGAAGAGAACACCUGUUCAGCGUGUACUGUUGUUGCACUCUGCUAGCAAGCAGCCUUUUGCGGUUUUACUAAUACAUUUUUUCCCUUGUAGGUGGGUGGAGUGUGGGAGGAUGAAGGGGGAGACGGUGACAGGCUUUGGGCUUCAUGUAUAUUUAGCUUAAUGACACACACAAAGAGUGAGAUCAAUGGGGUGUGUGAAGCGGGCUGUCUGUUCAAGCAGCCUGGAAGCGAACAUGUGGAACAAGGUGGAGUUGGAGUCUGCACUCCCAUGAAGGGUGCCACAAAAGGAAGAUGCCCCAUUUCAGGGUGCCCAAUCAUACAACACAAUGGAGAUACAUACAUAUAUUGCCCCCAUGCAGGCAUGCGUGUACACACAGUCACACACACACACAUGCAUGCACACUUCUUAUCUGAAAUUACCCAACUCUUUCCCAGAAGGUUUAUUUUUGUUUUGUUUUGUUUGCAAGGGUCACUGUUUAAGUAGGCAGCUGCUGCACAAGGAAACACUGUCUCCAAAGGGGUAUGCAAUAGUCCGUUCUUGAGUGUGAAAAAUGAUGGCUUCUGUACAAAACAGUAGGUAGCUACUGGCAGGCUGGCAAUUUGCCUGCCUGCCUGUAUGUAUGUGUACAUAUGCAUAUACACACUUAGUAGGAUCUGUAUAUUUAACACAUGCACACAUAUACAUACUCAUGCGCACACACAUGCAUUUGGAUGGUGUUUGUAAAAAAAACAACACCUUGGUGAAAGUGGGUGUAUGUAUAGCAUAUAUUUUUACAUGUACUAUAGCUAGAUGUGUGUAAAAGUGUGUGCAAAAAUAUAUACCCUGUGUAUAAUUGAAUUCCUUUUUCUGGUACUACCCCUUUGUAUCCCAUCUUCUAUUGGAAACAGUCACUAAAUUUCACUUUGGCCCUUGUCUGUCCUUUCUCCCAUUUUGGCCUAAUGAUGUGAAGCCAGAAGUCAAUUGCAAGCUGCUCCACCUUCUCCUCUCUUCUCCCGCCCAUCCCCCCCCCCCAAUAACUCAGUGUGCAUUUGUCUCAAAGCUGACCACUCUCAUUGUGAGGAAUGAUAGAAGCUAUUUUGUGAAUGGUUUUAAAUAGUCCAAAUUCCAAAGGAAUCUUAUACUGCUGUAUUGGCAAUUCAAGGAGACGAUAGAAAAUCCUAAUUCUUUCAUGCAUAUUUCUGGUGUCUAUGCAUAUACAGAUAUCUCCACUUCAUAUGCAACUGUAGAUCUGGUAAAAGUUUGCCAUAGAGAAUGUGGCUUCAAAUCAAGCUAGAUUUAUUUCCCCUUUUUACAUACACCUCCCCACUAAAUGAUGAGAGUUCUUUGCUGUCUUUUUUUUAAUUAAAUGGCUGAUAUUUAUGGUUCUUCAUAUUAAAACACUUGGAACGGGACUGGCGUUACUCAGGUUUCCCCAAGCUAUAAUUUUGGUGGGGCAGUAGCUUCUGCUCAAUGUCUGGAUCCCAUGUAUUCCCACACAAAGUCAAGUAAGAUGAAAUUUUAAAUCUGUGUAAAUGCAGUUUAAAUCAGUUUAUGAAUAACAGCCUAGAUAAACGUUCACCUUGCUGCAGUGCUGCUUCACAUAUGAUGUGCUGGUAAACAUGUUUGCCUCUGUAUGUACAAUCCUGCUGCUCUCUGCCAUGUACCUGCAUGAGGCAUGUGUUUGCCACAUUCACUCUUUUACAUUUCUAUGCAUGUAAACCGUGUGUUAAUGUGUAAAGCUGAAGAGUGUGAAGCAGCACCUAUCUGCAGCAAAAAGGGUAGUAGGAUCUAUACUGUGCUGUAAAGGAAGUUGGGCUAUGGUUAGAGGAAUACUGUUUCAGAGUGGUGCAAGCCAUGCUGAGCAUAGCUUAGAAAUACAAGUAUUCCUUCCUAACUGUGAGGAAGGGCAAGAUCAAAUCACAACGGCCGAAACUCAAUAAAGCUUCAUUUAAAUGUAUAGCUCUGAGGCUUUCUCCCUUCUUAAAAAAUGCAGUAAUGAAGCAGUUCUUUUCUGUUUUUGAGAAAAGCACUGAAAGACGUUUACCUGGACAUCACUCGCAUGCAAUGUCUUUGAAACAACACAAUAGCCUGAAGGUAAUGUUUUUGUAUUCCCAUGGUGGGAAUGCAGUUGGCUCGGAUCUCCUAUCCAUUGCCUCCCCCUUUGCUUUUAUAUACCUCCCAGCUCUAUAAGAGACUUAACAGGGUUUGUUAAAUAACUUUCAUGUAUGAAUUAGUUAAUAGGGUGACAAGGUAGCAAAUUACCUACCUCUUCAUGUAGAAUCAACAGUUCACUAUCACUGCUACCCCCUGUGUUAUAGAAACCUUGUAUCCAGGAAUGAAAUAGUUGCCUUCCAGACACCCAAAUUUCUACAAUAUCCAUAAGGGGAACAAACCAGGUAGCCCAAUAGUCACAAAAUCCUUUUUUUUAAAAAAAAACUUCAAAGGGCUGUGAACCUACUAAUUUUCCACUGUGCCUACAUUCCUUGUGUGGGUCCUGAUUAACAGCUGGGGAUGUUUUAAGCAUGGUUUAAAGAGAACUGCUUCGGUGUGAUAGUAGAUCCCUGCCAUGUAUUAGGAUCAACUGCAGCUUGUUCUGAUCAGUUGAGUGCAAAGAUGAUGCUGUUUCAGCCAUCCUUCAAUCUGACCCUGUCUACUUUUCCCCCACUGUAACUUGAAGGCUAUCACUUCCAUGGGAGGGCAAGUCUACAAAGAAAUAAGUUUGUUCCAGUAAAAAGGCUAGGAAGAUUGGUGGGACAGUCACUUCAUCCCUUGUAGCAAUAGUGGGGGGGAAGACUAUGGUGUAUCUUGUGUUUCUCUCCCUGUCAUUUCAGAUUCCAUCUCCGUCCUGGUUUCAAUGUGUUCGAGACAAUCUAGAGAGAUCGGAUGCUCAAAUGGCUCUGGACAGCCCCUGCUUUGUUAAACCGUGCUCCCUAGAUGCUUUUGUAGUUCCGUUUAAUAGUUACGUGGAUUUAAAACAAAAUGUACAUAGAAUACUUUGGCUAAUAACUUUUUUUUUUCACAACCAUGAAGAUGGAAUAAAACGAUUGUGACCUUUUCCCCCACAGCGAUUUAGCUUACUUAACCUUAGUUCUAUGGCAGGAAAUAAAAUUGUUUAGGCCCAUGAUUGUUAAUUUCAUGAUACUUUUUUUUAAAAAAGGAAAAUGAAGCCUUGUACUUAGCCCAUCCCCCCAAUGUUUUGUAAUGUGAAUUUGCUGCCAUUGUAGACUACAGUAAAACAAAGAGA